GGUCUUUUACCACCACUUACUGUAUCGUUCCGACUCCCAAUCUCUUUUUCAACUGAAUUGCAUCGUGGUGACAUCUAUUUGAAUUCCCAAUAUGAACGUGAGCGCUGUGGUGAAGAAUUCAGUAUCUGGAACACAGAAACGAUAUGAGAGUCGGCUGCAGGGCCACAAUAAUGAGGCUCAGGAAGACGCCCAUUGUGGGGGUACCAUGAGGUUCAUCAAAAGGUCGUGACCCUGUCAUUCUCAGGUGGUUUACCUGAGUUCCCAGCAACGCAGCUUGUUCCUCAUCAUCAACGAUGUCGAGCAGCGGCUCCAUCGUCGUUCCUUCCAGCAAAAAACGCGGCCCAGUGUCUCUCAAAGGCAAGGCUCUCGCAAAAGGAGUCUUGUUGACGUCCGGCACGUCCAGCACGUCAGCUCCGUCCAAACGCGGUCAGCGUAAGGCUCAGCUAUCUGUGAACACCAAUCUCGCUUCAUACGACCGAAAGGAUCCGUUCCAAGCUUUCAAUAUCCUUCUGAAGCUCAUUGGUUCCCUAUCUUCUCGUGUUGGAGGUUGCCAAUACAAAUUCUCCCCAGAAGAACACAAACUCUCUAUCCAUCUUCUGGGAAUCGUCGAGCCCUUCAUUGGGUCCUCGGCACCCUCUCGUCGUACUCUCAUCACACGCCAACCAACCGAAAUUCUCGACGCUAUCGCUUUCCAGGUUGAAUCACGAGAAGAUCUUCGAAAUCUCGCCUUAUCUUGCCAUCGCAUGCACAGCAUCGUCGCUCCUAGACACAUCGAGUACCGCAUCAUCCGCUCAAAAGUCAGCUCUAUUUCAUUAUGGAACCAUCUUAUCGUCAACCGUUCCUUGGCAAAGAAUGUUCGAAGGUUGGAAGUUAUGGAUGAACGAUCUUCUCAACGGGAGAUUAUCCCGAAUGGCAUUACCGCUAGCGAUACGGAUCUGGAAUCGACUGACGAUGAGAUUGGAGUUCGAGGGAUUCAUUUGAAGCAGGAGAAGUUUCUGGUCGGAGCGUUGAAUCGGAUGAUGUAUCUUAUCCAGUUUGUUUGGAACUCGAACCAUUCGCCGAUUUCGAUUGAUAGGGUUUGGCCGACAUUGUUGAAUACUCCUAGUUUGCGUGACAUCGAAAUCAAUGACAAUCUGGUGUUUUCGCCGUUGGCUACAGUUGAAGAAUCAGACGAGUCGGAUGAGGAGGGGUCUGUAUCUGUUAGUCGUGGGAAUGCAGAACAGCAAAGAAAAGAGCUUCCGGCUCUCAAGACUGUGGCAUUACGCUCAACUCGACACGUAUAUGGUUCUACCAAGCAUCCUGAACUGACGAGAGCCAAAGGUCUCCUCAAUAGCUGUCCAAACCUCGAGAACCUAGAAAUCACAUACACCCCUGCUCGUUCUCAGGCUGGACUCGUACCAGCAGCGGCCCACCUACUACCAGCGGAAGAGUUCCUACUGGUCGGACGAUGGCCACAACUUCGCUCGUUAUCUCUCACAAACCUUCGGUGCACCUCGCUUACGGGUCUUGACCCCACAUCCUUAUUCAUCCUCGCCCACCUCAACUUAGAGAUCUUACAUCUCGAUGUCGUACCUCGAAUGACCCAACCGGUGCUUCCUCCAAAUGCCUUACCAAGACUGAGGGAGGUCAAAGCGUGUAAAGAGAUUGUCGGAGCGAUCUUAGAGUGUCCUUACGAGGAAGGGAGUGCUAGGCCACUGGAGGUUAUCAAAGGCAUCUGCCUCUCCCGUUCCACCGCUUCCCCGAUGCACUUGAACAACCCCAACGUCCUCUUCCUCGACCGUCUUAAACGCUUUGGAGGCGAUACCUUAAAACGAAUCGAGUUAGUUGGGUGGAGCGAGAUGGAGGAUAUCAAACGAUUAGUUGAUUCUGCUCCGAAACUGGUUUGGUUGGAUAUUGGAAAACGGAAUCCGAAUCCGUCGUCUUCUGGUACUACUAGUGUUGGCGUUAUUGCUCAUUCGCAAGUUGUCGAUUGGGCAAUGUUACUUUCGGGGUUACCUGAUUUGACGACGUUCCAUGGGGUCAAAUUCUUUUAUGAAGUUUCUUCUUCUAUGGGUGCAUCUGCGUCUGCUGCGGAUAAGUCGAGGAUUCGGAAGAACGAUGAGAGUGCGAGUGUGUUGACGUGGAAGUGUCCUAAGUUGCGGAGGGUAGAUUGUUGGGAUGAGGGUCCGAGCUUGAAGGUUGUGGUGUUGAUUAAGGAGGGGAGGGACGUUAGGUGGGAAGUUAGAAGGGUUAGGGGAUGAAAAGACGACCGUCCGGGUGUGCGUGUACAUGGAUGAGGGGUUACGCCUACCGGCUAUGUCCACCGCUCGCUAUCAUUAUGAACCUCCGUCUCGUUAUCCAAUCACUUGAAGGGACCUGCUUGUCUACCGUUACCCUCUAUGUACUUCUCGUUGUCCUGCUACCUCUGGUUAUCCCCUGUGCGACCGUAUUAUGGAAUUCUACCGAUUAUUGGCAUCC